ACCUAUUAACUUCUCUUCUGCCAAAUCGAGACUUGCAGCUUCACAGUUCUUUAGGAACAAGUGGUCAAUUUCCCAUUAAUUAAAUUUAAAUACGUUCAAUUUUCAAACAUGUAUUAUUUUCUUGAGCCGUUAAAAGUGCCCCCCGUGAUUAAUUGAUUUAAUUCUAUUCACUCCUAUAAAUGAUAAGUCACCCCACACUGGCUCCUUCACACCCAAUCAAGAUGCUUCAGUUACACUUGUGUGCUACAUUGGUCAUCUUUUUAAUCCUACCAUUUUCUUCUUUCACCUAUGCUUUCACUUCCCAACAAUAUGCAGAUGCACUCACCAAAUCAAUUUUGUUCUUCGAAGGCCAACGGUCCGGCAAGUUACCGACUAAUCAACGUGUCAAAUGGCGGGCUGAUUCCGCGUUACAUGAUGGUUCUUCGGCAAAUGUGGACCUGGUUGGAGGUUAUUAUGAUGCAGGGGAUAAUGUGAAGUUUGGGCUGCCAAUGGCCUUCACCACCACAAUGCUUGCAUGGAGUAUCAUUGAAUUUGGUGAUCAUAUGAAAUCUGAAUUAGGGAAUGCGAAAGCCGCCCUUCGGUGGAGCUCGGAUUAUCUUGUGAAAGCGGCCACAGCCACCCCCGGCACCUUAUAUGUGCAGGUGGGUGAGCCUUACUCCGAUCAUCGUUGUUGGGAGAGGCCCGAAGAUAUGGACACACCACGGAACGUGUACAAGGUGUCGGCUCAAAACCCGGGUUCUGAUGUGGCUGCAGAGACCGCAGCUGCGCUAGCUGCGGCGUCAAUUGUGUUUCAAGGCUCCGAUCCUUCUUAUUCGCACAAAUUACUACAAACAGCAAAAAAUGUGUUUGAUUUAGCAAACAAGUAUAGAGGCUCUUAUAGCGACUCGCUAGGCUCGGUUGUCUGCCCGUUUUACUGCUCAUACUCUGGAUACAAUGACGAAUUGCUGUGGGGAGCAGCAUGGAUCCAUAGAGCGUCUCAGGACGGUUCGUAUAUGUCUUACAUUCAAUCAAACGGUCACAUGUUAGGUUCGGAUGACGAUGACUUCUCCUUCAGUUGGGACGAUAAACGAGCAGGAACAAAAGUUCUUCUAGCAAAAGACUUCAUCGAAAACAAAAUCGACCAGUUUGAGUUGUAUAAACAACACUCGGAUAACUACAUUUGUUCGUUAAUCCCAGGAGCACCAAAUUCACAAGCGCGAUACACUCCAGGCGGGCUGUUGUAUAAACAAGGCGAAAGCAAUCUCCAAUACGUCACGACUUCCUCGUUCCUGUUGCUAACGUACGCCAAGUAUCUUAACGCAAACGGCGGGCACGCUUCUUGUGGGUCUGCAAUAGUGACAUCCGAGACGCUUAUAGUACAAGCGAAGAAGCAGAUUGAUUAUAUAUUGGGUGAUAACCCGAUGAAAAUGUCGUACAUGGUUGGAUUCGGGGACAGAUACCCUACACGCGUCCACCAUAGAGGGUCAUCUGUGCCAUCUGUUCGUAAUCAUCCGGAUCGCAUAUCCUGUGACGCUGGACAUCAGUACUUUAGUUCUGGGUCGCCUAACCCGAAUACGCAUGUUGGAGCGAUUGUGGGAGGCCCGGAUAGUAAUGAUAAGUAUGGAGAUGACCGGAGUAAUUAUAGCCAAUCCGAGCCAGCUACGUAUAUUAAUGCACCAUUUGUCGGGGCGGCAGCGUUCUUCUCAGGACAUUGAAAUGAUUAGUGUUUGGUGUUAAGUAUUGGAUGUUUGAGGAUUGAGAGAUGUUAGUAAGGACAUCUAUUAUCCCAUAUUCUUGGCUAGUUAAGCUUUUUAUGUUAAUGAGUUAAAUUGCUUGUUGGUAAGUUAAGAAAAUGUUUUGAUGUAGGCCUACAAGAAGUAUAAAAUGUUUGGGCUUAAUCCAAGUGUUUGAUGAAUUGAGUGAA